UAUAGCUCGAUUAAUAUGACUAAUAAUACUUUGAUGAGUUCACUUUGAGUAUUGUUAAGUGUUGAUUUACAAUGAGGCGUUUGACGUUUAACAGCUCACCAUAGCGCCCCCUGCUUCCCUUUUUCACCUGGUUACUUAUUACAGCAAAAGGUGUCAAUGACUCAAUUAGCGCUUAGUAAAUGGGGGCGGUGUCUGCGUGUUUUAGGAGAGCGUCUGCUCCGACUCCGCCCCUCUCUUCAUGCACCGGGCUGCGCCGCUUCUCAGACCCAAUGCACCAACGGCUCAGUGCGGCGGCGCCUGCUGCUCUAACGGUCAGCAGCCGAACCGGAGAAGAACUUUACAGCGUUUUUACUGGAAAAUCACUGAAACUGGACUCGGAUUCUGUCUUUUUGUUCCAGCCUCGACUUCCAGCGACAAGUGACCACCACUGGAUUGGAUGGUUCCAGAUCGUCACCACACCGCACUGUGCAGCUGCACUUAUUUUUGAGCAGAUGUCAACAAAGCCAGAAACCCUAAAAAGAGCGAGCCAGCAGACCUGACCAGUCUAUAACGGACUUGACCAGGGUCCAGCAGACCUGUGCUGCCUCCAGGACCAACCAAACCUCUCAGUUUUAUGGCUUCUUCAUUCACUCAGCCAUGCAGAACAGGCAACCACUAAGAGUGGGAGAAGGUUUGAAAUCACACGUGAUAAACACAGAUAAAAGUUGAGUCGGCCACUUCAGGGUGCAAGAGGUCAAGACCCGUUGAUUGAAUCACCUCCCCAACUGUAGCUCUCAGGUCACUGCUGUCCACGGCCAAGCCAGUGAAAGAGUGAAAGCUCAAAUCUGAGAAGAGGAAACUACAGCUUGUUUGAUCUUCGUCCAUUUUGUUUUGGUCAUGAAUCUCCAGGAAAAGCUCUCGGGCCUCAAAGGCCUGGUCUCACACUCUCACAGCAAGCGCCGAUUCAAAUCUGACCUCACUGUGGACAUGAUCAGCCCACCUCUGGGCGAUUUCCGCCACACAAUGCAUGUGGGUCGUGGCGGCGACGUGUUUGGCGACACCUCCUUCCUCAGCAAUCAUGGUGGCUCAGCCAACGGGAACAACAGGGACACGGAUUCUAUCUCCAGCCCGGACAACAAGAUUGGAGCCUUCUUCUCCAGGACUCUGCGACAGAUCAGGAGGGGUUCCUCCGACCCCAGGCCCCGAGGAGGAUCCAAGGACCUUUCUCCGCCGCCUCCUCCCGUUUCUCCCAUUAUCAAGAACGCCAUCUCCUUACCGAGGCUAGAUGUCGACAUGUCCAAUGGAGGUCCUACCACAAAGAUGCUGUUCUCCAGUUGUCACAGUACACCAGAGGAGAAGAAGAGCUCCUACGGUCUGGACUCUGGUUUCGUCACCCUGCCUCGUCUCUCCCGCGCUGAGCGUCAGCAGCCAUCUAUCUCCCUCCCCACUUCCCACCCCACCAACAUUCACCGCGGGUCCCUGACCGACCCCACUGACCCCAUCCUGUCCACCACCACGGUGUUGCUGACCUCUGAGUGCAAAGCCACCACUGCUUACUCCGACUCACUGCCCUCCCUCGCCUCCCUGGACGCCUUUACCUUCGACCUGGGCCCCUCCCUCAUGAGUGAAGUGUUCGGCUUAAUUGACGGAAACUCAGAGGAGCCUGGUCAUCUCUGGGAGAGAGAGGAGGCCGGGUCAGCAUGUGGGUUGACCAACGACGGCUCAGAGAUGGACUCUGCCACCAUCUCCUACGUGGACGCCGACGCGGAGCGCCUGCUGAGGGGGGGCGGCAGCGGUCGGAAGGGCCCCAACCCAGCUGAUUCUGAGGAUGAGGAGGCCGUGAGUGAGGUGAACGGAGUCAGGGUUCCAGUAAGAGUGCCUGAUGUGGUGAUGGGAUCCCCUGAAAGAGUGAGGGUUGGAGCAGGGAUGGAGAGCGAGAGGUUCCAGAGCGCUACCAACGUGCUGGCUCGCCACUAUGGCGUUGGUCUUUUAAAGGGACAGAGCAGAGCAGAGACGGCAGAUUCAGAGAUGAUGAUGAGCGUCAGCCAGCCCAAGAAGAUGUCUUACAGUUACAUGGACGACGAGGAUGAAAUCAAAGUCUGA